AUGAUAAAUUCAAGAACUUAAAAAAUCAAUUUCAAAAAUAAAACUGCACAUUAAUUCUUUUCAUUAUUUUGUGAAAAUGAUUAAGAAUUUGAGGAUCUUCUUCUCCGUAAACUAUAAUUUAAUUUAGUCUAAGAUAAUAUAGAUUAAAUUUGUCAAUCCUUUUCGUAUUUAAAAAUUCGUUAAAGACUAAGAAGCAAAUAAAAUCGUUUCUUUUAAUAAGAGAAUCAAAAUUGUCCUACACCAGCACCAAUAUCAGGAUCUUCAGGAUUAUAAUGUAUAUCUUCAAGAUAGGCUGAUUCUUUAGAACAUAAUACACUUAAAUUUACAUUAGCUGAAAUCAUAUCAAAUCUUUCUGAAGGUCUUUUUUAAGAAUAUAUAAUAAAUAAUUCAUUAGAAUUAUUAUGUCAUUAAAAUUAUUAAGGACUUGUAGAAAAUGCUAAUACAAAUCAUACUUUAUAGAAGAAAUUCUAAUUAUCUGGUUCUAUUUUAACUAAUUAAUAAAAUGAAGAAAUAAUACUUUUAUUAAAUGAUAUAUCCAAAUAAAAUGAAUUAUAAUAAUUAAUAUCAGAAGAUGAAUUCAAAUCUAAAGUAAAUAUAUAUAUUCAUUUUUAUAUUUUAGAUUUUAGAAUCAUUUUCACAUGAAUUAAGAACCCCAUUAAAUGGAGCCAUUAAUUUUCUAUCAGCUUUUUUAUAAGAUUCUGAUGAUUCAGAAAGAAUUAAAUAUAAAUAUAUAGUUCCAGCAAUAAACUCUCUUAAAAUUUAAUCAUAUUUAAUAAGUGAUAUAAUUGAUUUUACAUCUUCAAGUACAAAUAAUUUAGAAUUAUUAAUUAAAGAAUUUUCAAUGAGAGAAUUAAUUAAUGAAAUUACUUCAUUAUUUACUAUGUAAUUUACUGAAAAACAACUUGAAUUUAGAGUAGAUUUAAUGGAUUGUUGUACAACUACAAUAACAAGUGAUUAUAGUAAACUAAUGUAAAUAUUAGUGAAUUUAUUACAAAAUUCUAUAAAAUUUUCAACUGAAGGAUUGAUUGUUUUGAAAAUAUAAUCUCAUACUAAAGAUAUUUUGAAAUUUACAGUUACUGAUAUGGGAUAAGGUGUUUCAUCUAUAAAUAUAACAUAGAUUUAAUCAUAUUUAAAUAAUUUGAAGAAUCAAAAAGAGAUAUAAUUAAAUAAAACUUGGUAAGGAUUUGGAUUAUUGAUUUCAGCUAUGUUAGUUUCUAAAUUAGGACCAUCUGAUAAGAGUACAAUUAAAUUUGAAUCUGAUGGAAUCAAUAUGGGUUCAAAAGUAUCUUUUUAUAUUAGGAAUUUAUAAACAAAAUUUAAUAGUGUUAAAUAACCUACAAUUAGAUAAAAUACAUAAAGAUUUUAAAGUUCUGUUCAUUUAACUUCAUCACUUAAUAAUUUAAAUGGUACAAUAAUAUAAACAACAGAUUAAGGAAUAAAAAAUAUUUCAAAAUAAUAAAAAACUAAACUUUGUUCAUAGAGAUCAAAUGAUAAUUCAAUGUUUAGUGAAAGUGUUGUAUAUGAUUCAUUAGAUUAAAAAUUUGGUUUAUUAUAUCCUGUUUAACCAUCUUUAAUUACUGAUAUAAUUAAUAGUCCACCAUAAAAAGUAAUUGAAAGAAGACAUUUUAGUAAAAAUGAAAAUUCAUCAUAAAGAUCUAAUAAUUCAAAAAUACUUAGCAUUUAAUUUAUAAAAUAAGCAGAAGAAUAAGAAGAUGAAGAAUUACUUUAAACAUAUAAGAGAAGAAAAAAAUGUUAAUGUUAAAGAAUUAUGUCUGUUGAUGAUGAAAUAUUCAAUUAAAAAUCAAUAUAAAUGUUAUUAUGUAAAUUAGGAUUUGAAGUAAUUUUGGUAAAAAAUUUUAUUUUUUAUCUUAGGCUUUUAAUGGACAAUAAGCAUGUGUUGAUAUUUUAAAUAUUAAAAAAUGUAGUAAAAAAUGUACAUUAUUAACACUCAUCUUAAUGGAUUAUUAGAUGCCUAUUCUUAAUGGAUGUCAAGCUACAGAGAAAUUAAUUAAGAUGAUGAAUGAAAAUAUUAUACCUAAAAUUCAUAUUGUUGGUUUAACUGCAUUUACUAAUUCAAAUGAUAUUGAAAAUUGUUUAAAAGCAGGAAUGAGCGAUGUGUUACAUAAACCACUUAAUCUAAAGGAAUUUAAAGAAAUUCUCACUUUAAUUUGA